AUGGAUACCCCACCUAUCAAUCCUCAUUUGUGUCUGGAACAUGUUGUUUGUGAUACUGCAAGAGUGUUUGGAGAUCGGAUUGUACUCGAUAUGGCUAAUCUAGCAAUGUUAUUCAAGUGUGAUAUUGUUGCAUUAUUUGCUGCCAAAUUUGGAUUUAUUGAAUGCAGUCCACGUGUGUUAGAAAAUUGGUCAGGGAAGGUGAGAGUUGUCCGCAAUGUAGGCUUCCUUGAACAGGGAAUUGUGGUGACUGACAUUACAAAGUUGGGACAAAAAUAUAGGGCGACUUUUCAGUUUAAAUUGGACAUUAUUUCAGUCAUCCCUCUGGACUAUCUCUACUUCACAAACCGAGGACUAUUCGAUAAUUAUUUCCCCGAAAUGCGAGCAAAUAGAAUUCUAAAAAUAUAUGUAAUCGUCAAAUAUUUCAACUUGGUGGAAAACAAAACCAAAUUUCCUAACAUUUUCCGAGUAAUCGAACUAGUGGCUUACAUCUUGAUUAUAAUCCACUGGAAUGCCUGUGUGUAUUUCUCAGUCAGCAAUUCGAUUGGAUUCUGUUCUGACCGAUGGGUGUACGACAUGUGUGGGUCAGGGAAGGACCAGUUGAUAUAUAUGUAUAUAUACAGCUUCUAUUGGUCUACUCUCACUUUGACUACAAUUGGAGAAGUCCCUCGACCUGUCACUAAUUUUGAACAUUUUUUUGUAGUCCUCGACUUUUUAAUCGGGGUCCUCAUCUUCGCAACCAUCGUGGGGAAUAUUGGGAGUAUGGUCACCAACAUUAACUCUUCGAGGAUCGAGUUCCAACAGAGUAUGGACGGGGUUAAACAGUACAUGGAAUUACGCCAUGUUGACAAAUCACUGCAAAUUAAGAUCCUCAAAUGGUUCAACUAUCUUUCCGCAAAUAAACAGUCUCUUAAUGAUGACAAGGCUCUCGAUAUUCUCCCAAGCAGACUCAGGGCUGAGAUUGCUCUUAAUCUUCAUUUUGAGACACUCAAACAAGUCAAAUUAUUCAAAAAUGUCGAGGCUGGUCUUCUCAUGGAAGUUGUUCUUAAACUCCGACUUCAAGUCUUCAAUCCCGACGACUAUAUCUGCAGAAAGGGGGACAUUGGGCGGGAAAUGUAUAUUGUCAAAAAAGGGAUCCUCAACGUCGUCUCCGAGGACGGGAACACAAUUUUUGCCACCCUCAAGGAAGGUGCUAUUUUUGGGGAACUGAGCAUUAUGAAUAUUCCUGGGAAUAAGACUGGGAAUAAGCGGAGUGCUAGUAUCCGCAGUUUUGGGUACAGUGAUCUGUUUGUGCUACAGAAGGAUGACUUGUGGGAUGUCCUUAAGGAAUAUCCCGAGGCUGAAAAAACUUUCAUAGCCACGGGGGAAGAGAUUCUUAGAAAGGAUGGUCUUUUGGACGAGGAAUUGGCCGAACAGGCCAAAAUUGAUAGAGAAAAUGAAAAAUUGCAAAUUUUGGCUUUGUCGAGUAAAGUUGAUAAAUUGGAGAGGACUCUUGUCUCCUUUAUUGGGACAUUUGAAUCACGACAAAUUCAACUAAAAAAUAGAUUGGAUUUGCUUGAGGGUCGAAUAAAUAUAUAA